AUGAUUUUAGCGGAUUCCACGACAGGAUAUUUGCAGCAAAAUCUGUUCCUCACGCAGAUGACCUCUCCCGUGGCCUUAGUGUGGACUCCCAGCCUUGAGGUGAUUCCAGUGUACUGUCCCAGCCUCGAGGUGUUUCCAGUGCACUCUCCCAGCCUCGAGGUGUUUCCAGUGCAGUCUCCCAGUCUCACAGUGAUUCCAGGGCAGUCUCCCAGCCUCAAGGUGUUUCCAGUGCAGUCUCCCAGUCUCACAGUGAUUCCAGGGCAGUCUCCCAGCCUCAAGGUGUUUCCAGUGCAGUCUCCCUGCCUCAAGGUGAUUCCAGUGCACUCUCCUAGCCUUGAAGUGAUUCCAGUGCAGUCUCACAGCCUCAAGGUGAUUCCAGUGCACUCUCCCUGCCUCAAGGUGAUUCCAGUGCAGUCUCCCAGCCUCAAGGUGAUUCCAGUGCACUCUCCUAGCCUUGAAGUGAUUCCAGUGCACUCUCCCUGCCUCAAGGUGAUUCCAGUGCAGUCUCCCAGCCUCAAGGUGAUUCCAGUGCACUCUCCCUGCCUCAAGGUGAUUCCAGUGCACUCUCCUAGCCUUGAAGUGAUUCCAGUGCACUCUCCCUGCCUCAAGGUGAUUCCAGUGCACUCUCCCUGCCUCAAGGUGAUUCCAGUGCACUCUCCCUGCCUCAAGGUGAUUCCAGUGCAGUCUCCCAGCCUCAGGGUGAUUCCAGUGCAGUCUCCCAGCCUCAAGGUGAUUCCAGUGCAGGCUCCCAGCCUUGAAGUGAUUCCAGUGCAGUCUCCCAGCCUCAAGGUGAUUCCAGUGCAGUCUCCCAGCCUCAAGGUGAUUCCAGUGCAGUCUCCCAGCCUCAAGGUGCUUCCAGUGCACUCUCCCUGCCUCAAGGUGAUUCCAGUGCAGUCUCACAGCCUCAAGGUGAUUCCAGUGCAGGCUCCCAGCCUUGAGGUGAUUCCAGUGCAGGCUCCCAGCUUUGAAGUGAUUCCAGUGCACUCUCCCAGCUUUGAAGAGAUUCCAGUACAGUUUCCCAGCCUUGAGGUGAUUCCAGUGCAGUGUGAAAGCUCAGUGCCAGUGUGGACCGCACUGGAAGGAUUGUUGUUCUGA